AUGGCAGAGCAGCAAAUUGAUACGAGUUUAGCACUUCAACUGCUAGAAGUACUAUCAUCAUCGUCGUCAUCUAGCAGUAAUGAAGAUAAGUUUGUUAAUGAAUUACGAAAAAUUCCUAAAAUCAAACACUUUAUUGACGUGGUGCAUAAUAUUACGGAUAAAGAGUUCAAAAGUCAUUUUCGCGUUUCAAGAACAACAGCCUACAAAUUAAUACAGGUUUAUUCAAUUUCACGAUUCUAUCCUUCCGAUCGCACCCACGGAGGUAGUGAAUCUAUUUCUGCUGAAUCGGAUAUAUUAUCAUUUUUGUGGUUUGCUGGAAAUAAAGUGUGUCUCAGAGACGUCUCUCAAAGAUUUGGGGUAUGUCCUGCAACAACUUUUAGACAAAAUGAACGAGUGGUAAAUUUUUUAAUUGAUAUGGCUCCAAAGAUAAUCAAGUUUCCUGAGAUUAAGGAACACUCUGCAAACGAAUUCUUACAAGUUUUCCUAACGUACUGGGCUGUAUUGAUGGUACAUCAAUUAAAGUGAUAACACCAGCACAUAAAAGAAGGCU